AUGAAUUUGAUAUUUGCAGAUAAAGUUGGUAUACCAAGUUUUACACUUGCUUUUUUAUAUCACAUGAAAUUCUUAAAUGAAGGGGAUAUUGUAAAAUACAGGAAAGUAGAAGCAAUGCUCCAUAAAAAUUCAUCACUGACCUGUAAAAACCCUUGUUAUCUUGUCUACAAAGAUGAUGAAUAUGAUUCAAUUCAACAAUUCGUAGGACCGUCUGAAGGUCGUAAUUAUAAGAAACAUCUUGUAUUCAAUGAAAUUUCUUAUAAUGAUUUCAAGAAUAAAGUAGGAAAAUUUUAUAGAUUAAUGCAAAUUAUAAAUGAGGCAAUUAAUAAUUGA